GCAAAAACGCAAAACAAUUUUUUGAAAUAUGUUUUCAUUAGUUUCUAUGAAAUACUUUGUUUCGGCUAUCAUCAGCCGAAUGUACAUCAUUAUAGUAGCAGGUUUAUUGGUAGCUAGUGUGCAUGGAAAACUACAGCCAGCACGCGUAAUCUCUAACCUCAUCACGAAGAACAGUAUAUAACGCAAAAUUUCAGUAUUGCGUAAUUGCCCAUUUUUGACCUGACACAAAGAGGAUUUUCGAAAAAAAUGUUAACAAAAUAGUGGGUGAGCUGCAACCAUUCUAAAGCGGUUUGUUUAUUGACGGUAAAGUUCAUUGCUCUGUCGUCCUGCACUAUUCUGCGAUCAGCUACUUCUCCCUCCCUUAGAAUUGAUCCUGGAGUCCAACUUUAGCCGAAGGAAAGGGGGAGACGAAGAGGGUGCCGGAGAUCUAAAGAGCGUGACAGAAAUAAUAAUAAAACAACAACAGCAACCAGACAACACUAAAAACCGAGAUAAAUAUUUAUAAGAUUAAGUGUGAAAUGGCAGUAGACUUAUUAAAACGUUUGCGACGGCCGGGGCGCUAGAGCAGUAGUUCUGGAUUGUACAGAUAAGUAUUGCUUUCAAGCAAAUACUUAUCAGAAGUUAACAUUGGCCCGCGUUUAUAACUAUUUAAAUGUAGGAAGUACACCUGUAUUAUUUCUCUAAAGCGAGUGAGAUAUUCUCAGGGCGGUAGACUUCAGUGGAUAGUGUGGCAAGCGAAAAGUAAUGGAAAAUGACGACCCGCAGUCACCGGACCCAACUAACAGCGACGCACCAUGCAAGAAAGGAAAUGCAGCGGCUAAGAAGACCCACUUGACUCAGAUUGAGGUGAUUCCCUGCAAGAUCUGUGGUGACAAGUCAUCAGGAGUACAUUAUGGAGUCAUCACCUGUGAGGGCUGCAAGGGCUUCUUCCGGAGGAGUCAGCAGUCCAGCGUGUCGUACUCCUGCUCGCGCCAGAGCAACUGCCCCAUCGACCGCACGAGCCGCAACCGCUGCCAGAGCUGCCGGCUGCAGAAGUGCGUGGCCCAGGGCAUGAGUCGAGACGCUGUGAAGUUUGGUCGCAUGUCGAAGCGGCAGCGGGACUCUCUCUUUGCUGAGGUGGAGAGGCACCGGCAGCAGCAGCAGCAGCUCCAGGCCAGCCCUGACGAGGCCCCGCCCGCUCUGCCGUACCACAGCAAGGAGCCCCGUGACCGCUCGCCGCACCUGGACCAGCCUGCCGCUCCAGCCUACCCCUUCCACAUGGAACCAGAGCUUCCCUCCUGCCCUCCUGACAUGCACGUCUACUUGGGCUGCUCCCAAGGAAAGUCCCCGGCUCUGGCCUCGGCCUACAGGCACUCGCUCAUGUUACCGGUGCCCAGCUCACAGAGCCGGGGGGACUGCGGUGGCCAGGGAGAGGGGAGAGGACAGAGGUUUAAAGUGUUUGAUUCUCAGCAGCGGUCCCCUGAUCAGCCUGGGCUGGGAAUGUCCAGAGGGGACAUUGGGGUGAAUUAUGAGGACAUCUUCUGCCCCUACCCCACGUCGUCGCUGCUGCACAUAGAGGAGGUGUGUGCCAGCAUCGUGCGCUCUCACCGGGAGACCAGCCAGUACCGGGUGGAGGAGCUGCAGGCCCUGAGGUGGAAGGUCUUCAGCAGAGAGGAGAUCCACGCCUACCAGAGCAAGUCGGUGGAUGAGAUGUGGCAGCACUGCGCGCUCAGGCUGACGGACGCCGUGCAGUACGUGGUGGAGUUCGCCAAGCACAUCCCAGGGUUCCGCCAGCUGUGUCAGAACGACCAAAUCGUCCUGCUCAAGUCCGGCUCAAUGGAGGUGGUUCUGGUGAGGAUGAGCAGAAUGUUUAAUACAGAGAACAGUACAGUCUUCUUUGACGGGAAGUUUGCCGGCAAAGAGCUUUUCAAGUCCCUGGCCUGCAAUGACCUGAUAACUUCAGUGUUUGACCUUGCACACAGCCUGUGUGCUCUGCGGCUGACUGAACAGCAGGUGGCGCUCUUCAGUGCCCUGGUGCUCAUCAAUGAAGAUCGCCCAUGCCUGGAGGAGAGGGGUAGAGUUGAGAGAGCGAGGAAAGAGGUGGAGCUGGCUUUCAACCACACUCUGCGCAGAGAUAACCAGGAGGCUCUACUGCACAAGCUCUACCAGAAGGUGGCGAUGUUGAAAUCCCUGUGCAGUCUACACAUUGAGAAACUACGCUGGUUCCGGCAGCUCUAUCCUCUCACUGUGCACUCCCUCUUCCCUCCCCUAUAUAAAGAGCUGUUUGGCUCAGACUCAGACAUGCCCCCUCUGGCCACACACUGAACUGCAUCAUGGAUCCCCCCAGUCACAUGUACUUCUACUGACAGUGUUACUCAGAUUUUGACAUUUUACUUGAAGACGCAUUGAUUUUUUUGUUGCUGUCAGUACACUUGCCAUGUGGAAGGUUAUUUGAUAUCUGAUGUAAAUCUGCUGUUGCUAAACAUUGACAUAUAUAAAUGACAAUUUACACACACAUACACACAGACACGCACAUGCACAAACACAUACAUAUGCAAGCACAUGCACAUUAAGUGGUAAAAAGGUGAUCCAAUCAAUGUGUCUACCUGCUGUGUAAUUAUAUUUUUGUAAUUCAGAAAAAUGAAAAUAGUUGCAUUUAUAAUACAUAGUAGGAUGAGAACUGAUAUUGAAAUUAUUUUUAUUGAAAGAUAAUUUUAUAGGGUUAAAUAUUUUGUGAAGUAAUUAUUCAGGUAUUUGAAGGCUUUGAUUGAUUGCAGAAAAAAUGUAUUGAAUUUGCAGAAAAUGUUUUAAGCAAUUUUGGGAAUGAUAAUCUUGCUGAUUAUAUUUGAUAGUGAUAAGAUGUGUUUUACUGUGUAUGAGGGUAUGCUUCUGUGAAUGUGAGUGUCUGGCUCCUUUCUUGAGCAAAUAAUCAGGUACUGAAGAAAUACAGCUCAUUGUAAAAUUACGUUAAAUACGAAUAUGGCGCUAUCAGUAAGAGAUGUGUUAUUUGGAAUUUAAUAACAUCAGAUCAUGCAUUACAUUAUCUGAACAUGCAAUUAUUGUGUUUUUAGACAGGGUCAAUUAUUUUACCCCUUUAGCAUUGUCAUGUAUUAAGCUACUAUAUCCAGCUCUGGUGCUUGAGCACCAGAGUCACACGGGGUUUGGAGCUUCUCCAUUGUCUGGAGAUUGUUCAUUUUUAAAUCAACCACAUUCUUGUUUUACUUUGCGAGUAAUGGCUGUGUUAAUAGUAGAACUAUGGCUCCAGAGCAGGGCAGGAGGGUUGAGUUUAUACCCCAUCCUUAAAAUCUGCACUUUGCGACAGUCACAUUACUCCCAAUUACUCUCAAAAUAGACCUGAUAAUACAGCACUGGUGUCCACUGCUGUUCCUGGAGAUUCUGAGGGUUUAGAGAUGCUUUGAACGAUAGAUCUGCUGGAUGAAUGUGGCUCAAGUUCGGCUAGAAACAAGCACCAGAGACAGUAAUGGCCCUAGCCUUCGAGGGACCCUAAACAGGCCCCCCAACCCAAAAUUAUAAAUGAUAUAUAUGUUAAUUAUAUAUCUGGCAAUCAUGGGCCCUAAGCAGCUGCCUACGUCGUGUAUUGGCUCGAGUCGGCUCUGCCACAGAUCCAUAGUUUGUCAGUGGGCUCUGAUUGGUUGUUUUGGGGAAGCUGCGGAUACCCAGAAAUGAUUGCAGCAAAAUUACAAAAUUGAGGAACCAAAUUAUCCCUCAUGAAAAUGACACGUUCCUGUCAGCGUUCCACCAUGAUACUGUGGAAAGAUUAGUGUGGCUUAGUCACAUACUCAUGUUGUUCAGUUUUAAUUUUAACAUGAAGGUUACUCGUGGGUCCGUUCUUGGAAAUGCUCUUUAUGUUUUAACCCCUCAAUUUACCUCUAUUUGUUAGCACUUAAUUAUGUAUCUAUAAUUCUGCCAAGGAGAAGCUUGUAAUAAACUGGUGAAAUGGCA